AUGACUGACCCGGACGGCUUCGACCCUGUGGCGGAUACGGUGGGCGCCGGCAUCUACAGCGGACGGGUGAAGCGUGAUGCUGCUGGCGAGGUCGUGUGGGGCCGCCAGUAUGCAGACCACAACAGCGCGCCUGGCCCAGUGUAUGACGGCAAUGGCUACACAGACAUGGCCAAGGCCAUCCACACGGGUCCAGAAGCAGUAAAACGGCUGCUAGCAGCGGCGUCCGACCCUAAGGCAGCUGCGAAUGAGAUCAUGACUGGCGGGGCGCGUCCCCUGCACACGUGCGGCAUGAGCAAGAAGGGCCAGCUCAGCACACAGCUGCUGAUCGACGCAGGCGCCGAUCUUGAAGUUUACGACACGUACGGCUACACCCCGCUGCACCGCAUGGCAAGCAACAACCUGCCAAUCGGCGCCCGGGCCUUGCUCGAGGCUGGCGCUGACCCGUCCCGUGAGACGGACAAGGCCUAUGUGGGGGACAGCCCCCUCAACAUAGCGGUUUGGAACGGGGCGCGGGACGUGGAGCGCGUUCUGCUGGAGUUCCUGGGCCGGUGA